GUGACGAGGCAGUGCCCGCGACCCGCUGCCAUGGUGUACAUCUCGAACGGACAAGUUUUGGAUAACCGGAGUCGGGCUCCUUGGCGUUUGUCAUCUAUAACAGAUUUCUUCUGGUCAAUAGCUGAUUUUGUGGUUCUGUUUUUCCAGAGCAUUAUUCAACCAGAUUUGAGAAGAAGAGGCUACACAUCUUCCUCCUAUUCAAGAUACAAUGAUGGAAGAGGGCCUCCAGCACAACCUCGCCGUAGGAUGGGUCGAAUAAAUCAGUGGGGUGGAGGCCCCAGUCCACCACCAAUGGCUGGAGGUGGAUGAGGAAGGUAAACGCCUGCUGAGGAGGCAGGCAAAAGAGCAUACACAUUUGCAAGAUGAAAGGGAGGAAGAGCUCAGUGGUGGACCAAAUGAGUUUGUUGUGAAUGUGUAUGUCCAACUGGAAGCUUUUCUGCGAUACAAGCAGAUUCAUGAAGUUGUACUGGGAACUCCUUCCAGGAUCCGGUGUAACUGAUGCACAGUUUUAUUAAAUACAUGUUUACUGUCUAAAGUCUUUGUAUAGUUUCUGAACAUUUUACUGUAGCUGCAAAAUAAUAAGUAAAUUAUAUUUGGCUUGUCACAA